AUCACGCAUUCGCCGCUCCGUGCAUUUGUAAUGCAAUCCCAAAAUGACGCAUUCUUAAAAUUCUUAGAAUACUUUCUUUCAGACCAACCUGGUCCAGUGUUGGCAACGUUAGAGCGAUCAGGUCCAACAGAUCAUCCAUUCAUAAACAGAAAGAACAAGGCAAAAACAUCCACCGAUUUUAUCUAGGCUGAAGUGAUCAUCGAGGAUUUAAUGAGCAAAGACCGAUCGGAAACGUCUUUCACAGGUUGUUUAACGAAACCAUAAACAAUGACACAGCAUGGGAUUGAGAGAAGUUUUAAGGGAUUAAAUAUAAAUGACUCGCCAGGCACACAAAGGAAGAUCCCCCCAGCAGUUGCUCCUAAGCCACCCAAAGUUCUGAACACUUCACCUAAACCAUUCAAAGCAGGAGGUGGUACCUAUCGUCAAUUUCGAACAGAUCAGGGGGAUGAGGAUUUUCCCCCGCCGCCACCACAGAGUUCGUACAUAGAAGACUCGUCCUAUCCUCCCCCGCCUGUGGAACAGUCCCGAGGAUACGGUUACACAGACCCACAGGAAGAUUUCCCUCCCCCACCGUCUCCAACCUCCAACUACAACACACAGACACCAGACAAUGUCCAGUAUGGAGUGAAUAAUCGAACAUAUUCUUCAUCCUACGGAGAUUCACCCCAAAACAGAUCAUUUGAGCAGUACCACACGAGUUCGACUCACUACCAAGUGGACAACCAUCAACCAACAUACACCGGGGGACGUUCCAUGUCCCCCACCGGGCCCCCUACAUCCUAUAAAAACCCCAGUAACUACGCCAACCUGCAGUCCAUUCAGUGUGUGUAUUCCUCAUCAGGCCCCACCCCACAGUCAGACUCCACCAUUUACGCUCGCCCAGUCAAAGUGAUAAGGGAACCACCAGACAAUUACAAUCCGCCGAGGGAUCCUGUGGUGCCACCUGCUGGCUAUGUAAGGCAGAAUGCAACAGAACACCGCCUCUUUCACAACCAGGAGAGUCCCGACUUCAACUAUGGCAGAACAUCAAGCACGGGUUCUGGAGGUUUUGUUCCAAGAUAUGAGGAUGAGUACAGAAAUGAACGUCCAGUUCCGGGUCCACAGGUGCCGUCCAUGGGUCCAGAAUCGCCUCCGAGCGGGGACAAAACCACACAGGAGGCUGAGGUGGAUGCCCUCACCAGCCUGUUAAUGCAAAACAUGGAGUCAUCAAGUGAAACUGACUUCUUUGGAAUUUGUGUGAAAUGUCAACAGAAAGUGGUAGGAGAAAAUAAUGGCUGCACAGCGAACGACCAGGUCUAUCACAUCUCCUGUUUCAUCUGUAUCAACUGUGGAACUCUUCUGAGAGGAAAGUCUUUCUAUUCCAUGGAUAAUAAACCUUACUGUGAACACUGUUAUGUGAAUACCUUGGAGAAGUGUUCAGUGUGUUCCAAGCCUAUUACAGAUCGGUUGCUGAGAGCCACCGGCAAGCCGUACCAUCCUGCAUGUUUUACAUGUGUGGUUUGUGGCAAGAGUCUGGAUGGAAUACCAUUCACGGUGGAUGCUACCAACCAAAUUCACUGCAUUGAAGAUUUUCAUAAAAAAUUUGCACCUCGCUGUUGUGUUUGUCAAAAUCCCAUCAUGCCUGAGCACGGUCAAGAGGAAACUGUUAGGGUGGUUGCCAUGGAUAAAAGUUUCCAUGUUCAAUGCUACAGAUGUGAAGAUUGUGGACUGCUUCUGUCAUCCGAGGCUGAAGGUCGAGGCUGUUAUCCACUAGAUGAACACAUUUUGUGCAAAAACUGCAAUGCCAAGCGAAUUCAAGCUAUGUCAACCAAAAUGGCCACAGAAUUAUGAGCUGGGAUGAAUUAUCAAGCUUAAAGCUGUACUCUGUGUCAUAAUGUAUUGAUAUUGUAUUCAAGCACAUUUAUUGUUCUUCAAAUUUAUUUCCACUAGAAAAAAUUGUAAUUUUCAUCAAUUGUUCAGAUUAAUCUAUGCAAUGAAAUUGUUGGUGACAAUAUUAUUUUUAUACUUGUACCAUGUCCUUACUCAGUAGUUCGCGCUAGUAAAUACUUCAACGGCACCACUCAUGUGUUUAAGCAACGAUGAAUAGACUUUAUUAUUGCACUGAACUUGUGUGUCAAUAUUUGCCAGAAGUCGUAAUCAUUCAAUUUUUGGUAGAUGAAAGACGACAUGGUAAUUCUAAUUAAUUUAAAUUUUUGUUGAUAUGUCUACUUGUAUCAACCGAAAACUUACUGUCAUAGUGUCGCGCUACUGUUUGUAAGUAAGGUUUUGAAAUUUAUGACAUCACACAACAGAAUGAAGUACGUAACAUUUUUAUUUAGAUUUCUGGUUUUGAGAAUUGAAUGAGACAAAAUGACUCUGACAUGGUUUUUUUGGUUGAUCAGGAUAUCAUCCAAAAGUUUGAAUUAAAACUAAUUCAUUAAGCUCUAUGUGCAUUGACUCAGUUUUUCGUCCAAUUCUUGGUUGAUGCUUAAAUUAACCAAAUAAAGUAUCAGAAUCUGAUUGUAAAUUAUGUGCAUUUAUUUUCCUUUGUUCAGCUCUUCUUUUUCAGCAUUUGUAAAAAUCUUAUUAGACCAAAUAGUAAUUGAAUGUUUACACAACUGUUGGAUCUGAUGAUUGUAGAACUUGUGACUUGUCAGUAUUGUUGAAGAUCAAACUUUGUAUUUUUAUAGUCGCUGUGUAUCCCUUUUAUGAUAAGAUGUGAUAAAACAUGAUCAUGAGUUUGUGUGUUUUGUCUGUUUCUUUCAUAUUUUAUACAAUAUCUAAAAUAAUUAUGGUUUUGGUAAUAAUUAUUUUACUUUUGUAUCAGCAUUAUAUUUCAUGCAAAACAGAAAUUGGCGUAUUCUAGUCCUGACUUUAGUACCAGCCCAUAGUGUCAUGUGUAUGCAUCUGCAAAUACGACCUGAUCAAUUAUGAUCUUAAACAUUAACAGGAAGUUUACUCCCUAAUAUUUAGAUUGAUGAGCAUUUUUAUUAUGUUUUAAAUUAAUUUGAUACUUUACAUGUGAUAUUUUAUUGUUCGGUAUAUGCUUAGAAAAUUCCAGAAUUUUGUUAUUAUAUUCUGUGCAGUGCUUCUGAUACACUAAAAUCAAUGCAUACACAGGUUCAUCCAUUUUUAUUUAUUUUAUUUUAUUUAUUUUUUUUUUGGUAAAAGUGUAAAUUUGUUUUGUUGGAUAACUAAGGACUGGUGUUUUUUGUCAUACUUUUUAUUAGCUAAGCUUAUUCAUAUUUACAGAAUAUAUACAUUGUUGUAUCCAAGUUUAUUAUGAAUUCCAUUGUAUGCAAUUUACCUCAUGUGGAGAAAUUUAGAAACUGUACAAGAGUUGUCCCUCUUUCUGUACGGAUGUAGAGUCGGGUGUUUAUUAUAGGAAACUCUAUAUGAAAAUAAAUACAGAAAUUUGAUUUUAUAAACGUUAACAUCCACAGCUUAGGAAACAGGUUUGCUUUUUGGUGAGAAAUGCCUAUUUGAUCUACACUAAGAAAAGAUUAGGCAACCUUGAUGGAAAUACUACAUGUACUUUGUUUGAAUUAUAAUACUGCUUUCCUACACAGUCGGUAUUUCUACAGUAAUCUAUAAAUUUCUAAAUGGAACAGGCUAGAAAUGUGGUUAUGAUAAUCUGCAUUGUGACAUUUUGUGAUGGUGUCAGUUUUAAUUUGGACUGUUUUAAAGACUAGGUUAUUGUAUACCCUCUCUGUAUCCUUUCUAUACUUAUUCAUCAUCUUAUUGUAGUAAUUUUGUUGACGUAUUGCUUUCUAUUAUAAACGAUACAGUGCUUGCUAAACCAGUUACAGAAUGUAGUAUGUACAAAAAUGUUGAUUAAUACAGACUGAAAUUUGAA